AAAAAAUGCUUUUGAUUUGAAAGUUACAAUUUAGUCGAAUUCGAUCGAAUCGUGCCAAAAUGGUAGCUUUUGCCUCUCCAUUGAGAAAAAUGGGGCUGGCCUCAACUCAGUCAAAUGAAUUCUGUUGGCUGUGCGCACUUGGUUUUAAGGUUCAUUGCUAACAUGUAGUUGAAACACACCAGUCCUUCACCUACGCCUCCCUCUUAUUCCUCUUUUUUUCCGCGCCCGGUCUGCUGGUCUGAUCAAGUCAAGUGUCUGCAUGGGUGACCGUGACUCGCCCCCUGGUUCAGUUGUACUUUUCUGUUAUGGAUUUUAAAAGCCAGCGGACUCGCGGAGUUAAUCACUCUCGUUUACCAGGCUGUGUCAGCUCUCAGAUCAGACCACCAUGGAUACCAAACUGGAAAAGUUUGUCGCAGAAGUGGGAGGCUGUGGUCAGUUCCAGGUCUUUUUGUCUGUGGCGGUGUAUACCAUCAAGAUCGUGGCUUCCUGGAGCAUGAUGUUCAUGACCUUUGGCACCUACAAUCCGGGAUGGACGUGCGAGGGCCCCUCAGAAAAUAAUACUGACGUCAUUUCCGGCAAGGGGAAGACAAGGAAUGUGACAGCCUUGAGUGGCACCACCUCUGCAUCCACCUCCAUCGUAUACAACCUUAGCAGCUACGAGGAAAACGUUUGCCAGGGGUUACAGUCGUGUUCAGACAUUAGAUUUGAACCUGAAUCGUCCACCAUUGUUACCGAGUGGGAUCUUAUCUGCGACCGACAAUGGCUCGGUUCCCUCACAAUCUCCAUCCAAAUGGUUGGAGUGACCAUUGGCUCGCUUGUGACAGGUCAGAUGGCUGAGAGGUUUGGUAGAAAGUCCAUUAUGUACUUGUGGGUCGGGCUAGGAGUUCUCUUAAACGGUUUGGCGGUAUUUUCUGUUAGCUGGGAAAUGUACGUGGUUUUCAGAUUUUUCAUAGGCAUUACGGUUGGUGGGAAUUUAUCAACGAGUCAAGUCUACGCCCUCGAGUUUGUGACAGGAAAGUGGAGGAUGUUUCUGACUGGGCUACCGACCUGGAAUCUGGGUUCUCUCUUGUUCGGUAUUUGUGUUUUUAUCCUGAAAGACUGGAGGCAUGUACACAUUACAGCCACAGUUGUGUCCUUUCUCGCUUUCCUCACCGUAUUCUGGGUGCCAGAGAGUCUGCGCUGGUUAGCUGUCCACGGAAAAGUCAAAGAGACCAGACAAGUUGCACAGAAAAUCUGUAGGCAGAAUGGACGGCCCGAGCCAGACCCAAGUGCAAUAGAUUUUACAUCUUGCGAGGGCGGAAAAGAAGAUAAAAAUGCCACCUUUCGCCAGCUCUUCGUUCCAAGCCUUCGAAAAAAGACGAUUGUCGGUUGUGCCAUUUACUUCCUGAUGGCUGUUAUGUAUUAUUCCAUAGGGUUCGGGAUCAAAUCUCUCUACGGGGAUUUUUACAUUAACUUUAUCCUGUUCUCUGCCAUGGCCAUACCUGUUGCUCCACUGGCUCCAAUUUUGGGACAUAAACUCGGUAGGCGAUGGGGAUCCGCUGUUCUUAUGUGUGUGGCUGGACUCAUCUCGUUCGCCGUUGUCGUAGUCAACUUCACAGCAAGCGGAUCUACCCGGGGCCAUGUGAUCACAGGUCUAGCGCUGGCAAUCUCUAUUUUGCUUGACCACUCUUGGAGCAUCUUGAUCGCUUUCCUUGCCGAACUGUUCCCAACCUCUGUGCGUCUUCUAGGUUUUAGUUUUGUAUUCACAGCCGCACGGUUAGGCAGCAUCGUGUCGCCUUUCUUAAUCCCCAGGGAUUUUAGCAUUCUGUACGUUUCCUAUGUCGUUAUGGGCAUCUUGGCAGCCAUCUGUUGUUUAUUGAUCUUAUCCCUUCCUGAGACGAAAGAUCUCGGACUUGAGGAUACACUGCAAGUCGCAACUGUGCUUAAGGAGGAGACCGCUGUUGAUGAAGACAGUAAGCCACUGAGAGAGAAGAGGGUAUAGUAUAAACAAGCUUUGCUGUGAGCGGAGGAAUAGUUUCAGUUCACUAUUCAGUAGUUUCAGGACUUCUUCCAAACUGUCUUCUUGACCUAUAGGCCUGCUGCUGUCUUGACGUUGGUAGUCUAGUGGUCAAGCUACUGGAUUCGUAAUCGUGAGGUUGCGGGUUCAGGGGUUCAAACCUCA